CCAUUUUCUUUUUACUUUAAAUUAUUUUUUAAUCUGGUCUAGUCGAUUCUCAAUUUGGUUGUAACAUUUUUCUUAAAGGAUGGAUCAUUUUUCAGUAUUCUUAGUCAUCAUUGUCGUGUGUGGUGCCUCGUUCGUGCAGGCAAAACAAGGUAGUAGUUUCUGUUUGUUUUAACCAUUUGUUAUCAUGGAGGUUUUAGGAUUAGGAGUCGUACUUGCACUCUACCUUUACUAAUGUUAAACGAAAUCAUUUUGUAAAUAUUCUGUCUUUAAUUAGAAGAAUGUUGAUCGAAAUUUAGUCUUUGAAAUGUAGCAAUUGAAUUACAUUAGAGAUCCAGGGAAACACUCCAACCUUUUGAAGAAGAGCCCAUCGUCGUUUGAGUUUUGAAGAAUUCCUCAAGUGUAUCCGAUCAGUUGAUUUAUAUUUCGAAGACUUGGCCAUCUAAAACCUUUUCUAACUUUCAUUUAAAAAUGUGGAAAUUAGAAAUCGUUAUUUCUGCACACCUUAAAAAGAAUUUGCAAAGCAGUAUUUGUUUCUAUUUAAUUUAUGGUGGAAAAGAAAGUUGUCCGAUUCUGUAUCGACAGCGCUUUCGUUUUUGACCACCACGUCAUCAAAGCUAUAUGCCUCGUAGACAUGAAUUCAAAACCAGCUGUAUACUGAUGCAAAAUGAUUUUGUAAGCCUGUAGUUGCUCGAAACACUGCAAUAUGUCUGGAUUUUACUUACCAUUAUGGUCUACUAGAUGAUAGUCAAGCUCAGUUAUCAGAGAGCGCGGUAUUCUUGUUAUAAUGUAUUUGGCGGCAAAUACAUGGAUUGAUGUAGUUUCAUUUUCUUGCUACUAGAAGUGUUUGCAUUUCUAUAAAGUUGUGCACCAUCUGCUGUCUCAUAACGCUUAAUGAAAUUCGCCAAUUGGUUAGAUAUUCACUGAACACCAUCGUACAAGAAAUGGUGAUGAACCAGCAGUCGUCUGAACAAGAAUUAUGUUUAAUCUUUCACUAUAUGUCUCGUAGUCUUGUAUGUAGAUUACGUGGCUUCAUUCUCGCUGUGGACUCGUGACACUUACGUGAAGAAUCAGUCAACGCUCUACCGAAAGUUGUGGAUUAUGCUCUACCGAAAGUUGUGGGUUAUGUCCGGGUACUACGGUUUCCUGCCACAGGCAAUGUUUACAUUCAUCGUAUAGCUAUGCUCUGUAAUCGGACACAAGUCAUAAAGUGGCUGCCAGAGGCGCUCUCAGAAAGCCUUCGACUGGAUCAGGUUGAGCUGCUUCGCAAUUCAGCUUAGCUUUCAGCCGAAAGAAUAAGGAUAAUUUGCACACCCUCACUUAUAGACUUAUAGUAUAAAUCUUGAUGUAUUCUGUAAUGGGGACAUUAGGCCCUCUAUGUCUUCUGAGUACACCCUGUCCUUCCAUAGAAAAUCCUCAACCAAACUCUUCAUUUUAGGUGGUAAUGGAGCCAGUUCCUGCUCGCCAUCGUUGAGUAUAGAAACCUCUGAAAUUCCAGUCAAAGUUGGCGGUGAUGUUAUUAUUAAAUGCAGAGCUUGUGGCCGGAAAGAUACAUUUUGGUUUAAGGAUGGUAAAAGAUUUGGGGAGACGGAAAGAGUCCAUUGGAUCUCUGCAAGAAAAGUUUCAUCGUAUCCGCUUAUAGUGGAAGGGAAAUUGAAAAUUGAGAAGUUGACGAAAAAAGAUCGUGGAAUUUAUACUUGCUACGCUUUGAAUUUUUUCACCAAUGUUAUGGAAAAGGGUGAUAUUAAAUUAGUUGGUAAGUGAAUGUUUUUUUUUGUUAGUUUGCAUUCAAUUUAUGAUGGUUAAUAUUUCCUGAGAGCUACGCAGGAUGUCAUGUUUUCAUCUUUGACGUUGUUUUUCAACUGUAUAUAUUCUGUAUCUGCUUCUGUAUAUGUCCAUUUCAAUUCUAUUAACUUUUUGGUUAUGGUGCAGGGCUAGUGGUUGAUGCAUGAUCCUUUCAUCUCUGUGGCUGAGAGCAGUCGUCUGAUUAUAGUUUCACUUCAGUCUCAUGUGAGAAGAGUGCUUCCUGGUACUCACGUAAAAACGCGCUAGUUGGGACAUCUGCAAAACAAAUUGUCAAGUCGAUGUCAGAAUGUGUUCGCACUGCUUGUUCCCAGUUGUUGUGACAAGUCUGGAACAAGUUGUUAUCACCUUGUUACAAGGUUGAUGACAGUAACAGAUUUUCUACAAGUUGUUCGUAACAAGUUGGUGCGAAGUUCUUGUCAUCAACUUGCUAACAACAACAACAACCUAUUACGUGCAGACGAUAUCAGACUUGUUGGAACAACUUGUUGCGAACGAGUCUGUUGGCUUCAUCAACCUUGUAACAAGAUGAUAACAACUUGUUCCAGACUUGUCAACAACACGGAACAAGCAGUGCGAACAAGUUUUGUUGACCAGCUGUGAGAUUUUGCUCUUGUGCUUUGCGUUCUCCAUGAGUUUCUUCUUGCAGUAUAACACUGGACUACAUAAUCAAGAGAGGGUCUUUAUUGGCCCACCAAGGGAGAACAGAUUAGAACUGAUUUAUCCAACAGAAACAAAGUUUAGUUUUAGGCUUUACAUAUUCAUUCUUGUGUUUUGAUAGAAAUUUGUUGAUUUUAUCAUUUUUCUAAAUGGGUUUUGCUAACUUAACACUUCUUCUCGUUUUAGUGAAAGGUCAUCACCACAUCCCUCUGGCGAAACAUAUUUAACGAAAGUGAAACAAUUUUGAUUGAUAUAAUUAUGCAAAUGACCAGAAUUCAAUAAUAUUGCAAUCAGCAGAACACUUAAGUAAUUGUAAGAACGUAUAUAUUGUAAUAAAAAUAACUGUGUGUAGUAUUAUAGACUAUGUUUUUGUCUUAGAAGCUUUGUAUUCUACAAGAAAUAAAAUCCUACGGUUCUUCUUAAUAAACCAUUAAGCCGCAAUACACUCCGAUGCGCCGUAUUUUUUUACGGUCUAACGCCAGACGAUAUUACGCUGCGAGGAUUAAUGGGUUAAUAGAUAUUUUGUUUUAACCACAGAAUAGGGG